UGUUUUCCCGAACCAUCCACCCAUACACACUCAUCUCUCCGCGUGCAUCCACAGCAGCUUGGCAGAGCUUGAGAGCUACAGAGACAACGAGAAGCUCGAGAGAUAGAGAGAGAAAUCUAGAGAAAUCACUUCUUGCAGCCAAGAACAGAAAAAAAAGCAAAGCAAAUGGACCGCGUGAUGAAGCUGGCGUCGGAGCGUGCUGUGGUUGUGUUCACGCUGAGCUCCUGCUGCAUGUGCCACACGGUGACGAAGCUAAUGCAGGACCUGAGCGUGAACGCUCUUGUGCACGAGCUGGACAGCGACCCCAGGGGCAAGGAGAUGGAGCGCGCCCUGCUCAAGAUGCUCGGCGGCAGGGGCCCCGCCGUCCCUGCCGUCUUCAUCGGAGGCAAGCUCGUCGGUGGCACCAACAGGAUCAUGUCCCUCCACCUCGGCGGUGAGCUCGUGCCCAUGCUCAUGAACGCCGGCGCGCUCUGGGUUUAGAGAGCAGGGCAGGUUUUUCGCGUCCCGGAAAAUAAAGAGACCAUGAUCGAAGAGUACAAGGUUUGGUAGUGUGUGCGUGCGUGUGUGUGUCGAGAGCAGGUUUUUCCCGUCCUGUUCUUCUGAGUUCUGACAGGAAUAACAAAGGCAAACUACCUGCUCGCUAGCUUCAUGCCUUGCAGAAGCUAGUGAGCGAGAGAGAUGGCCUUCCUCUUCUUUUUUGAUGUUUUUUUCUAACUUUGUAAUAGUACAUGCGUGUACUGAUCAAUCGCCCUUUUUCGACGGGCUUAUGAAUAUCAAUACAUGUAUGAGAGUUUUGUUUGUA